GACCCCAGGCGCAACUCUCCUUCCUUCCACCACCACGCUCACCUUUUCAUCAUCCUCCCUCGACACGCUGCUGCUUACGACUGACAACAGCGUUAUAGUCUCAUCUUCGUCCUUUCUUUGACUCACCUUUCAGUCUAUUCACGAGUCGGCGUCAUUGGUCAGCCUGAAGACGACAUACCCCGAUUGAAUACAGGCUCCUUAUUUCGUUAAGGUUUCAUCGGUGGAAGAAAGGGUGAUUGAGCUUAACAUACGGUUCAAGGUGCGGCGUUGAUGCGUCUCGCUUCCACCAUUGUACUUACAACCCACUAUAUGCACAGGCUGCACCUACUCGCUCUACCCAAAAGUACUCCAUUUAUUGGUCCCGAAGUCUACUUAUACCCUGUCCACCCGGUAUCUUUCUUGGCUGUGGGGAACAGACACACUUGAGAGGCCUAUUGCCUACCAGUGACUCCCAUCUUUUGUGUCCCAACUCAUCAUCAUCAUCAUCAUCAUCAUCAUCAUGUCAGCCCGACAAUCCAGGUCAGCAAGCAUUCCGAUUCCCGCCGCACGUAACAUCGAGAAUGUCAUCUCGAUGCCAUUCAGCACAACACCAAGUGCUUUAAGCACCACUCGCCCUCGUCUCAUCUCUAACACUCGUCCCCUCACCGUACACGGCAGUCCUGACCGAGGAGCCAUGUCUACAAGCCGGACAAACGUCGCUAGCUCCCCGGGCAGACCCGUAACAAGCGGUAGCUACUCUUCGAUCGUCGCGCGUCCUAUCGUGGGCAGCAAUAAUGCAAAUCACCCUCCCUUUGAGCCAAGGAUCAUUCGUGCGACGAGUAGCCCUGCACCUCCUGUUAACCCCAUUGAUACUACUUGUCUUCCUAACCCUACGCCACCUGCUACUGCUCGCGUCAGGCGUCCAAGCACCGGAAGACAUACAAAUGUCACUGCCUCUUCGGCUAGCCACAUCAUCCGUCCGGUUCUUACUCCUAAUGCCUCCAUACCUGCUCCUUCAGGUGGUGCAUCCUUACACGCUUCCCCCCAGGCGUUCCCUCGCCCCGCCUAUCUCGAUCAUUCAGCCUUCAGGGAUCUCAUCCGCACUAAUGCGACUGUUCCCGUUCAAUUUACAGAACCGCUCCAGGUUCAGCGUACUCUCACAGGUACAACUUCGAACGCCCCAAUCCCAGCGCCUUACCCAUACCUCCGGCGUGCGCUGAGUCCCGCAAUUGACAGCGACGAUGAAGGCAGCGCGAGUCCUCCUCCUCCUGCUGUAUCCAAUACUACCUCCAGCAAGGGAAUAUGGAGCGGUAAGGCAACUUUCCCUCUUCCCACGAGAUGGAGUGAGAUGGAUCGUCAUGCAUCGUUGUCGAUCUCGGCCGAUGGUCGCGAUUUGACUUUCUGCGGCCCAUCUUGUCCGGGAGAUAGAGACUCUGCCGCUGCUCGAGCCAAUGAACCGAUUCCUCCUGCGUGCGGGAUUUAUUACUAUGAGGUAGAGAUUUUGCAUAAGGGGAAUAAAGGACACAUAAGCAUCGGUUUCUCUUGCAAUGACGUCCGCCUCUCCCGCCUUCCUGGCUGGGAAAAACAUUCUUGGGGAUACCACGCUGACGAUGGCUGGUCUUUCCCUGGACACAGAGAAGGGAAUCCUUAUGGUCCUGUCUUUGAUUCUGGAGACAUCAUUGGAUGUGGUGUCGAUUUCAGUCAGAAUAGGGCCUUCUACACCAAAAAUGGGACCUUCCUUGGCAUGGUGUUCGAGAAUGUCGGAACAGACCUCGAAGUCUAUCCCUCCGUCGGUCUCCGCCACACUGGUGAAUCCAUUCGAGUCAACUUUGGUCACGAGCCAUUCCGCUUUGCCAUCGAAGACCAUGUCCACUCUGCAAAGAAUCGCGUGUGGUCGAACAUACAGAGCACACCUAUCAACUGGCACGUUCUUCGUGGUGAGAGUGCGAAAUACGGAGAGGUGGUCGAAGGAAAGAAAGCCGGAACUCAUGACGAAGAUGAUGACGCGAAGGAAUCGUUGAGAAAGUUGGUGUUUGGCUACCUCGCUCAUCAUGGUUACCUCGAGACUGCACAUGCAUUCAAAGCUCAAUGCGAAGGCAAGCCCACUACUAUGGAGGAUAGUGAAUUUUCGGAUGCUCGUGAUGACGAGGAAGAUAUGGAUAUGGAUGAAGGGCCUUCGGGCUCUUUAUCAAGCAUUGACGAAGAACGUAGCUUACGUACUCGCGUCAAUAUCAUGAACAAUGUCCUCAAAGGCAACAUCGACGCUGCCCUGGAUCAAACUUGUGCACACUACCCAUCCGUCCUCGAACGCGAACAAGGUCUCAUGCUAUUCAAGCUCCGUUGCCGCAAGUUUGUAGAAUUGAUCUUGGAUGCUAGCGAGGCUUUAAAGAAAGUCAAGUCUGGCGACGCUGCCUCUCAUGAACGCGGUCGUGACACUACUGUGGCGACAAAGGUUGACCAAGAGGGUGGUGAGAUGAUGGAUGAUGGGGGCGCGAUGGAUGUGGACGACCCAUCGCCCGAGGCCCAAACACAUACGUCUAAUUCGCCUUCUCUAGAUGUUUCGUCCUCUACGACUUCGACUACCGGGAAGAAAGAAACCACGUCUCGUAGUCCUUCAUCCUCUUCAACAGCUUCCUCUCCUUCUCAUUCAUCCUCGGGCUCAGCUCUUGCCAAGGCGGCGCUGCACAAUGCCCUGAAGUACGGUCAGACCUUGGAGAGCGAUUACAAACCGGAUACAAGGCCUGAGAUUCGCUCCCAUUUGAAACGUACGUUCGGUGUGGUGGCGUAUCCGGAUCCUCUGGCUGUCGGAGGGGAAGUUGCAGAAAUGGCUGGUCAAGAAGCGAGAGUUCGUCUUGCGAAUGAACUCAAUCAAGCCAUCUUGGAAUCACAAGGCAAACCUGCUCAUCCUGCACUGGAAAUGCUCUAUCGCCAAGCAGCUGCAUGCGUCGCGGAGCUUGGGACUCAAGGUGUCGGCGCAGCAGCCUUUGCUGACAUGUCAAGGGAGUUUCUCGACAGUUAAUCACCAUUUAUUUGACCGACCCCUUGGCUGUCCAGCAGCGAAGGGGCAAUGCUUCAUCUUGUCGAGGAUGAGGGUGUAUUAGUAUCUGGAUGGACUCUUGAGGUGAUCAUAUUUCUACUCUACCACUGCUCAGCGCUUUCUGUACGUGUACCAUUAUGUCAAUUUUGUUGUGAAGCUUCGGCGUUGUGUCAGUCAAGGGAUAAUGUACGGCAGAGGCAGAGUGUAAGGAGUUAUCAUAUCGUGCUAUUCGUCGUGCUAUUGUUGAACAUUGCUGCUCUCUUGUCAAAGAGAGCGGGCUUGAAGCUUGAGUUUUCGAACUUACAGUAUAUACUGGAAUUUCAGUGAGUCCCGCGCGCAGUCUUGUAACGAAGACCUGCCAACUUUUGUGAUUAUUGUCUGCGCCGGACUUUCUGUCCGCAAAUAGCUCCAACAGUGUCAUUCACUUACCGCCGCC